AACCCCCAGUCCCGCCCCGCCGCCCGGACGCCCUGCACAAAAGGGGGGCCGAGGACGCGCGCCCACUCGAUGUCCCGCACGGCACCGCCACCGCUUCUCCACCACCGGCCCCGCGCACGCACGUACGCGCCCCGUGCCGGGCUUUCUCAUCCUUUCCACGCUGUCGCGGGCGCCUUCUCUCUCUCUCCCCCCUCCCCUGCUCCGUUCCCCCUUCCGGCGUUCACACCGCCUGCUCAGCCUCGCGUCUUACAAGAGGCGUAGGCGCGUAGCCUCCGAUCCCCUGAGAAGCGGAACGGCACGCGCGCGCUGUUGCCCCGAUCCCCUGAGAGAGGGCGGCGGCGCGAGAGCUGCUCGCGUCGGCGACUCGAGCCGCCGGCGUUUGCGAAGUUGCUGCAGCUGCAGCUUGCGCCCGGGUGCGUGGGACAUGAGCUGCUUCGGCUGGUUCAAGCGGCGGUCGAGGAGCGUCGGCGGGUCGGCGGGGAAGCGUGGGGCGUCGGCGCCGCCGUCGGGCCCGGCGACCACGACGACGGUGUCGGGGGUGAGCACGAGCCGGUCGGACGACUCCGGUGCGGUGCGGCCGGUGAGCAAGUCGGCGGGGUCGGCCGCCUCGUCGCAGUCGCAGCGGAGCAUCUCGUCGCUGUACGAGGAGCGGGGCCACGGCCAGCUGCGGGUGUUCGACUACGAGGAGCUCGAGGCCGCCACGGCCGAGUUCAGCCGCGCGCAGAAGCUCGGCGAGGGCGGCUUCGGCAGCGUGUACAAGGGCUUCGUCCGCGCCGCCGACGGAAAGGGGGACCGCAUCCCCGUCGCAGUCAAGAAGCUCAACCAGCGCGGCCUGCAGGGACAUAAGCAAUGGUUGGCAGAAGUACAGUUUCUUGGUGUUCUGGAGCACCCAAAUCUUGUAAAGCUACUUGGAUAUUGCGCUGUUGAUAGUGAAAGAGGGCCACAAAGAUUGUUGGUGUACGAGUUUAUGCCGAACAAGAGCUUGGAAGACCAUUUGUUCAGGCGAGCUAAUCCUCCUCUGUCGUGGAACGGAAGGCUUCAGGUUAUCCUGGGUGCUGCAGAAGGAUUGGCUUACCUUCAUGAAGGCGUAGAAGUUCAGGUAAUCUACCGGGACUUCAAGACCUCGAACAUUUUACUGGACAAGGACUUCAGAGCAAAGCUGUCAGACUUCGGGCUAGCCAGGGAGGGACCAACUGGAGCAAACACUCACGUCUCAACCGCGGUCGUCGGGACGCACGGGUACGCGGCGCCGGAGUACAUCGAUUCGGGGCACCUGACGGCGAAGAGCGACGUGUGGAGCUUCGGCGUGGUGCUGUACGAGAUCCUGACGGGGCGGCGGUCGCUGGACCGGAACAAGCCGGUGGCGGAGCAGAAGUUGCUGGAGUGGGUGGCCCAGUUCCCGCCGGACAGCCGCAACUUCCGGAUGAUCAUGGACCCCAGGCUCCGCGGCGAGUACUCGGUGAAGGCCGCGCGGGAGAUCGCCAAGCUGGCCGACAGCUGCCUGCUCAAGAACGCCAAGGAGCGGCCCACCAUGAGCGAGGUGGUCGAGGUGCUCAGGCGGGCCGUGCAGGCGGCCGAGCCGGAUGGCCGGGCACCCGGUGCCGGCGCCGUCAAGGGGAAGAGAGCCGACGCGGCCGCGCCGUCCAGGAGGUGAUUGCUACAGAGUCGUCGGCGCGCGAAGGCUCUGGUUGGCAGAGCCAAAGUUAGACAGGGAGGGGAGACUGAUAUGCUGUCAUCGGACGUGACAGCACAGCACACAAAAGAGUGUUAGUUUUGGGGUGUAUGGUGUGGGUUAGUGGCGGGGGGCUUACAAAUAUUUUUUGGGCACAUUACUUAGAUAACUUGUGUACAUAGAGACGGCUUUGGCGGAUUGAAGUUUUCCUUUCCCUUUCGAAAGUGAGAAUUUUGAAAGAAUUUUGCACUGGCUCUAAGAAAUAGAUUCGCACUCAAGUUGUUCUCUUGUA